GAGUUGUUUAAAGCGAAGGGUAUCUAGUCCAUAAGUAGAGUUUUCAUUAAAUUUUUAAACGAUUUAUGAGGCUUAGAGACUCCACAAUACAGUGCAAGUGCAUUUUCGUUGAGGCUAAGAAGAUACAUCAACAGUCGUCAAUGCGAAGCGGGGUGCUAGCGGCCAUGGAGGCGGAGCCUGACCUCAGCACCUUUGAGAACAAGUCAGGGCUGGCUGAGGACAUGAAGUUCCUCGCCUCCAUGCCGGAACUGUGUGAUGUCACAUUCCUCGUUGGUGACACAAGAGAGCCAGUAUGCGCCGUCAAGGCUGUACUGGCUGCUCGGAGCAGGGUUUUUCAAAAGAUGCUCUAUCAAGCUCCAAGUCCCCAAAGGAAGAAAGAACCAGCGCCAAGGGAGAAUAAACUACGUCUCUUCCUGAAAAGAUCUUCAGAGCCCUUGCUGAAUCUUCAAAAUGCCGCUCAACAGAGAUCGACUUUCGCGCAGCAAUUGGCUCCGAUACAAGAGCCAUCAUCACAGCAGCAUCAAACCCUGAUCAUCGAGGAGUUCGAGCCCGACGUGUUCCGUCAAUUAAUCGAGUACAUCCAUACCGGAUGCGUCACGUUGCAACCCAGAACUUUACUAGGGGUGAUGAACGCAGCCGAUUACUACGGACUGGACGAGCUCCGCCGCGCGUGCGCAGGCUUCGUGCAAUGCUGUAUCACCGUCGACACCGUCUGUGCCCUACUUGCCUCUGCUGAGAGAUACAUUCAGUACAAAUGUACUAAGUCUUUAGUGCAAAAGGUAUUGGAAUUCGUCGAUGAACACGGCAAUGAGGUUCUUAACUUAGGUUCCUUCACACUGCUCCCACAACAUGUUGUCAGGCUUAUUCUUGCUCGAGAGGAACUAAGGGCUGAUGAGUUUACCAAAUUCCAAGCGGCGUUGAUGUGGGGUAAAAAAUACUGUGACACAAACCCAAAUACAUCGCUGAAGGAUGUCAUUGGAAACUUCCUUGAGUACAUCCAGUUCCACAAGAUUCCAGCUAACGUGCUAAUGAGAGAAGUACAUCCACUGGGAUUGGUGCCGUACUCCAUUAUAAUGAAUGCACUAGCUUAUCAGGCAGACCCGGCCAGCGUAGAUCCAGGCAAACUUUCCCCAGCGCGAGUGCGGCGCGCUGGCCGCUCCAUGUCCGUGCAGUCUUCGCUUGACCCUUAUGGCUCCAAUACAACCCUCUCUUCUACUGGCUCGAGCGAUGUUCCGUCGUCAGACUCUCGGCACAACUAACGCGAGGGGAACCUCCCCCGUCCUACGCCCGAACCCGUCCCCGGACCCUCCACAGCCCCUGUUGCCCCUCUUACUCCAGUCGCUCCUGUCGCUCCAGCCAAUCUUCCUGCUCCAGAGAAGCCAGAGAAGCCACCGGAGAAGCUUGGCCUCUUUUCGUCUAUUAAGCGUGCCGCCAGCAAAAAAUUUGGAGAUCGCCGUUCUCCGACGCCAAAAGUCAGAGAGCCUCGAUCGAAAUCAGACUC